GUGUGUAGCCCAUUUGUAUUGCUAUCUUCUUGCAGUACAGCCUUCUCUCUGGCAAUCUUCAAAGUGUUCCUUUAAUUUCUUGAGUAGUGCAUGGGUUUGCCAUUUCAGGGAUCCGUGACAUUCAAGGAUAUAGCCAUAGACUUCUCUGAGCAGGAAUGGGAAUGCCUCAGCCCUUUCCAGAGGAACUUGUACCAGAAUGUGAUGAUGGAGAACUAUCGUAACUUGGUCUCGCUGGGAUAUUCAACUUCUAAGCCAGAUGUGAUCACGCUAUUGGAGCAAGGAAAAGAGCCCUGGAUGGUCGUGAGGAAAGAAACAAGAAAAUGGUGUAAAGAUUUGGAGUCCAAAUAUGAAAAAAUCAGCUAUGGAAAAGUAGGCAUUUAUAGAGCACAUCCAUCUGUCACACUUCGCCAAAGAAUUCCUAACCGUGAGAAGUCUUAUGAAUGUGAAAAAUGUGGGAAGGCCUUUACUCGUCAUACAGACCUUACAGUGCACCAGAGAAUCCACACUGGGGAGAAACCCUACGAAUGUAAUCAGUGUGGAAAAGCCUUCAGUCGUGCAUCUAACCUUCUGCAACAUCAGAAGAUUCACACUGGUGAAAAGCCCUAUAAAUGUGAGGACUGUGGGAUGACCUUUAGUCGUAAUAUAGACCUUACAGUUCAUCAGAGAAUUCAUACAGGUGAGAAACCCUAUCAAUGUGAAAAGUGUGGGAAGGCCUUUAGUCGUGCCUCCUACCUGACUCAACAUGGAAAAGUUCAUACUGGUGAGAAAUCCUAUAUAUGUCAUCAGUGUGGAAAGGCCUUUAGUAGAGGUGGGAAACUUAAAAUACAUCUAAGAAUCCACACGGGUGAGAAACCGUACCAAUGUAAGACAUGUGGCAAGGCCUUUAGUCAAGCUUCUCACCUUGUGCAACAUGACAGAAUUCAUACUGGUGAAAAACCUUAUGAAUGCCUUGAAUGUGGGAUGACUUUUAGUCGUGGUAUAGAUCUUAGAGUGCAUCAUAGAAUUCAUACUGGUGAGAAACCCUGUAAAUGUAAAGAAUGUGGGAAGGCUUUUAGUUGUGCCUCAAAUCUUGUUCAACAUGAGAGGAUUCAUACUGGCAAAAAGCCCUAUGAAUGUGAAGAAUGUGGUAUGACCUUUAGUCGUGUUUAUCAGCUUGUUCCACAUCAGAGAAUGCACACUGGCAUAAAACCCUAUGAGUGUAAGGAAUGUGGGAAGGCCUUUAUUCGUGCCUCGGCACUUAUUCAGCAUGAGAGAAUUCAUACUGGUGAGAAACCCUACAAAUGUACAGAAUGCGGAAAGGCCUUUAUUCAUGGUGGUAGCCUUAAGAUGCACCAGAAAAUUCAUACUGGUGAGAAGCCCUACAAAUGUAAAGAAUGUGGGAAGGCCUUUGGUUGUACCUCAGACCUUGUUAGGCAUGAGAGAAUUCAUACUGGCGAGAAACCCUAUGAAUGUAAAGAAUGUUGGAAGGCCUUUAGUCAUGUCGAAAGCCUUAGAAUGCAUCACAGACUUCAUACUGGUGAGAAACCCUAUGAGUGUAAAGAAUGUGGGAAGGCUUUUAAGAGUGGCCAUCAGCUUACUGUACAUCAGAGAAUUCAUACUGGUGAAAAGCCAUAUGAAUGUAAGGAAUGUGGGAAGGCCUUUAGUGUCUAUGGACGACUUACUCGACAUCAAAUUAUUCAUAGUGGUGAGAAACCUUUCGAAUGUAGUAAAUGUGGGAAGGCCUUUAGACAUAGUUCAAGUCUUAAAGUACAUCAACGAAUUCAUUCUAGAGAAAAACCUUAGGAAUGAAAGGGCUGUGGAAAGGCAUGGUAUACAAUGUACAAUACACCAGUCAUUUGUAGCACUAAGAGACAAUUUGGAUGAAAAGAAUGUGGGAAUGUUUUCAAAUAUGGUUCAGUUCUCAUAAGGCUUUAGUUUCAUGUGAAAAUCCCUCAGAUAUAAAUAAUAUUUCAGGUUUUUUGUUUUAUAAACAUUGUUCAUAUUCAGAAUUUUUAAUGUAUUAUGUAAUGUAAGAGAAUAUUUGUGUUUAUUCAUUGAUUAUCAGUAUAUUCACAUGAGAGGAAAAUUCAGAGAAUGUAGAAAUGUCUUUUUAUGCUUUAUUUAUAAAAGCCCUAUCAGUUAUUGUUAAACUUAAAGAAACUUACACCCCUGAAAACCUCUGCUGACCCAAUAAAUGUGGCAAAACUAUUGUGAUUGCCAUUCUAUUCCUGUAGCCUGUAUCGUGUAGGGCAAGAUAUUCAUCCUGUGGGAGUCCCCUGGAAAUUAUAAUUGUAUCUAUAGUGUAGUGCUAUUAUUGUAUAAAGCUUGGAAAGCUAUUUCACAUGUAGUCUGUAUCCAAUAAGUACCAGAUGCUAUUUUUAAUAUUAUUUAUGUUACUGUUGGUGAAUUAUUAUGAGAUAAAGUCUAUAAGCUAUAAUAAUUUUAGGAAAGCUUCCUGUGUAUGUUAGCUUUUCAGGUUUUUUUAUAUGUG